CUAGUCCAAUGUUCAAAAGUUAUUUAGUACAAACUUUCUACCAGGGCAAAACGCUCUCUGUAAAAACAAAAAAUUAUUUUUGAAAUUUUUCGAAGCCACCAAUUUUGUGCGCAGUGUUGAAAAGUGUUUUUGAAAGAUUAACGCUUUGUUUUUUUUACUUGUACAGCGUCGGUUUUUCAGCUGCUGUUUUAGUUGUGUUUUUAUCGUUUACCAUUUAAUUUCCCAUUUUCCCCUUCCGCGUGGCCUACUGGGCAUCGUAAUAAUAUAGUUAUAGCCAUGGACGAUUCGCGCCGGUCGAUCGCGGGAAAGAUAGACUCUCGCCGUUCAUCGAUCAUGACCAGCGAUGAAAGCACUAUGUAUUUAUCCUUUGACUCUGACGAAAAGUGGCAAUCGGCAAUGGUUACACAGAGCAGCCAGUUGCUGGACAUGCACGCAAACAGCAAGAUGGAGGCAGGAGAUGACAAGGAUCUCAGGCGCGCUGUCCUGAAGGAUCUACAUCAGCUGUCGAUCAGCCAGGAUCCGGACCUGAACUCGCCCCUGCGUCCUUUUGACAAGAGUGUUCUAAACAGACACAAUGCGUUAAGCUCUACGCCCUCCAAGGAUACUGUUCCGGCGGUGGAAAUGCCGCCGCAGUCCCUUCCGCUCGACCUAACCAGCGUGGAUAACAAAGAGAACUCGCACCCAGAUGGCGGCGACAACUCCACGCUGUCCAAUUCGGACUUGACCGCCAACACAGUCAAAGCAAACACCCUAAAGACUGAGGAUGCCACCAUUGACGAGGUAGCUGAGCAGGAGGUGGCCAAACCCAGUGUGAGCACAGUUUAUCCGCUGAGUGAUAACGUCGUGCUGGAGAACAUCACCGAGGUUUCCAACGAAGAGGUGUCUGUGAUGGCUUCCCCUCCUGUACCGAAAGAUAUUCCUUCCAAGGAGGAGGUCAACGAAGUCUCCGAACUCAUUGCAAAAAUUCUGAAGAUGACCAGCGACACUAUGGAGCCAUCUACCGUGUCCACAUCGAAAGUUGAGGCAGGCAAGAGACAGUCCAUGACCUCUUUAUAUUCGGCGCCUUUGCCACGCCCCCGGCGCUCGUACCUGCCCACACGCAUGUCUGUGGUGGUAAAGACCACACUGAACAGUCCGGCACGCAAGCGGCGCACAAGCUGCCUUCCCGUCUCUCGCAAAUCGGUGGCUGCACCGGUGCCUUCCCGUAAGCUGGACGUUGCAACCAACACAAGUGGCCAGAAGAUCGCGGCUACGCUGCCCAAACCGCCGGCUAAAAUCUCACCCGUUAUGUUCAACUGUAAGACUUGCAAAGCCACGUUCCGCGUGAAGAGCCUACUGACUGUGCAUGAGCGCAUGCACAAUUUGGCUGAAAACAGCCCCAAGGCCGUGAAACGCUUGGCAAGCGCCACUGCAACUAGUGCCAGCGGUUCGCAAAAUCGCUGCAAGUACUGUGACAAGAACUUCGCCCUGGAGCGCGCUCUACACAUCCACCUGAUGGAGAAAUGUGACAAGAUACCGCCGGGGGAAAAGCGCAAGCUUCAGUACACAGAGCUCAACCAUGUGAAGAAGGCCCAGCUGCCGAAGAUAGCUGUUGUCAGUGCACCAGCAAAUCCACCAAAGCCCCAACUACGCAUGAGCACCAUUCCGACCAAGGCUUUUUCGAAUGGAGACAAACUGAUGCCACCGCCGUCCGUGAGGAAGGUAUCCAAGAAUGUUGCCCAUCUCGGGGUCUAUCGCACUCCCACGAAAUCCGUUCCCUGUCACCUAUGCAAGCAGUCAUUCAAGAGUAUCCUCGAGUUUACCACCCACAGCCUAAAGGUGCAUGGAAAGGGACCGGUCCAGAAGAUCGCCAUCACCGGGGAAGAUGACGCACCGAGUGCCAUGGAUUAAAUCAAACGUUUCGAGUGUAGCCUUAGUCUAGGUCUAAGUUAAGUGUACUUUAAUCUCUUCCCCCAGUUUGAAUACACGUUAACAUAAUCA